CCAGAAACACAUUUAACAGCACCCACGACGCCGAAGAUAUCGCGCCGCAGACUCACAGUAUUGCUGGCUGUCACGCCGCCCUCACUACAUCGGAUGGAGUUCCACGAAUAAGGCUAAACCCUCGAGGCCUCUGCCAUCUGACCCUUACCAAACCGCGCCAGAAGCCCAAUUUCUAAGCCGAUCGAACGACAUUACUUCUUUCCGCCUGCUCUUCGACCUGUCCCAGGAGAUUGUCGUAGCUGGUUGGGAUUGGAAGUACACCAGGCGUGUGUGAGAUCCGUACGGCAUCACAAAAAGCACAAGUGACGGGAAUCCAUCAUGGCAUCCUCGGCGGCAGCGGGCUUCUUGAGCCGCGGCUCGUCAGGAAAUAAUGCGAAUAUGCGUGGACUGGUGCAGUUCAUUGCGGAUUUGAGAAAUGCAAGGGCAAGAGAAUUGGAGGAGAAGAGGAUCAACAAGGAGCUGGCGAAUAUAAGGCAGAAAUUCCGAGACGGAAACCUGAAUGGGUACCAUAAGAAGAAAUAUGUUUGCAAGCUGCUCUAUAUAUACAUUUUGGGAUGGAACGUCGACUUUGGACAUCUGGAAGCUGUCAACCUCAUUUCCGCGACCAAGUAUUCCGAAAAGCAAAUCGGAUACCUUGCUAUGACCCUAUUUCUCCACGAGCAGCACGAGCUAUUACAUUUGGUUGUCAACAGUAUUCGGAAAGAUCUUACGGACCACAAUGAGUUGUACAACUGUUUGGCAUUGCAUGCCAUUGCCAACGUUGGGAGUAGGGAGAUGGGGGAGGCAUUGAGUGGCGAAGUUCACAGGCUUCUGAUUUCACCUACCUCUAAGUCGUUCGUGAAGAAGAAAGCGGCUCUGACUCUCCUUCGGCUAUAUCGCAAGCACCCUGAUAUCGUGCAGCCGCAAUGGGCAGAGAGAAUAAUAUCUCUGAUGGACGAUGCCGACAUGGGAGUUGCCCUUUCAGUUACCUCUCUUGUUAUGGCACUAGCUCAAGACCAACCCGAUCAAUACAAAGGUAGCUACGUCAAAGCGGCAUCAAAAAUGAAGAGAAUUUUGGUCGACGGAGAGUACGCUUCAGACUAUUUGUACUACAAAGUACCAUGUCCGUGGAUACAGGUAAAGCUGCUGCGAUUACUGCAGUACUACCCGCCGUCAGAUGAUACCCAUGUACGAGACUUGAUUCGAGAAUCCCUUCAGAAAAUCCUUAAUUUGGCGUUGGAGAUGCCUAAAAAUGUCCAGCAGAACAAUGCACAGAAUGCUGUUUUGUUCGAAGCUAUCAACUUAAUUAUUCACCUGGACACUGAACAAGCAUUGAUGAAACAGAUCUCACAUAGAUUGGGCAAGUUCAUCCAAUCGAGGGAAACGAAUGUUCGAUAUCUGGGACUGGAGGCCAUGACGCAUUUGGCUGCAAGAGCAGAAACCCUGGAUCCAAUCAAACAACAUCAGGGUAUUAUCAUCAGUUCGCUUAAAGACAGAGAUAUCAGUGUACGGCGGAAAGGCCUCGAUCUCCUUUACAGCAUGUGUGAUCAGACGAACGCGCAGCCAAUCGUUGGCGAGCUCCUUCAAUAUCUACAGAAUGCAGAUUUUGCCAUUCGCGAGGAGAUGGUUUUGAAGAUUGCUAUCCUGACGGAAAAGUAUGCGACAGAUAUCCAAUGGUAUGUCGACAUCUCCCUGCGGCUCAUCGCAAUGGCAGGCGAUCACGUAAGUGAUGAGGUGUGGCAUCGAGUGAUUCAAAUCGUUACAAAUAACGAGGAGCUGCAAGUCUAUGCCGCGCAAAACAUCCUGCAAUAUGUCAAGGCGGACCACUGUCACGAAACUCUCGUCAAAAUUGGCGGAUAUAUCCUGGGCGAGUUUGGCCAUCUCAUUGCUGAGGACAAAGGGUGCAGUCCUAUCGAACAGUUCAUUGCACUUCAAGGGAAACUUCAGGGCUGCUCAUCCCCAACCAGAGCAAUCAUCUUGUCUUGUUUCAUCAAAUUCGUCAACUUGUUUCCAGAGAUCAAGCCGCGACUGAUGUACGUUUUCGAAGCUUACAGCCACACGCUGGACUCCGAAUUGCAACAACGUGCUUGCGAAUACUUUGCACUUGCAAGCUUGCCAUCAGAUGAUCUACUCCGGACAGUUUGCGACGAAAUGCCGCCGUUUCCUGAGCGUCAAUCUGCACUCCUGUCUCGCCUUCACCAAAAACACGCCAAUACUAGUGAUAAGAGGACUUGGGUAGUCGGAGGCAAAGAUGCCAAUGCAAAUGAGAAAGACUUCAACCUGACCAAGAAUCCUGGCCUCAAACGAGCUUUCAGUGCAAAUGGCGCUGCAGGUGGGGCAAAUGGUUCAUCAAACGGAGCCGCGAUCAACGGUACGAACGGACAUGCCAAGGGUCAUAAUGAUCUUGCUGGUUUGAACAUGAUGGAUGCUGGCCCAUCGGAGCCCAAGACUCUCAAAGCACCUAAUCUUGCCAGCGCAGCUCAUCUUUCUCCCGACUGGGAGCUCGGCUACAACAAGCUUCUUCUCAAAGCAGAAGGCGUUCUGUAUGAGGAUGGUCAGAUACAGAUUGGUGUACGAUCAGAGUACCGCGGACAAAUGGCCUGUGUAAUAUUGUACUUCUCAAACAAAGCUCCAAUAGCUGUGAGUUCUUUUACAACAACACUUGACCUGGAGCCUUCGGAAAAGGAGAACCUGAGUUGGGAGGUCAAAGGACUACCAGAGAGCACCAUACUUGAGGGUGCUCAAAGCCAGCAAAUGAUCAUGUUCGAGGCCAAGAAGGUCUUCGAGAAGAGUCCCACCAUCAGAAUCAGCUACUUGGCUGGAGCGUUACAGGCUUUGACGCUCAAAAUUCCUGUGACGAUCCACAAAUUCAUGGAUCCUGCAGAGCUUUCAGCAGAGGAUUUCUUCAAGCGUUGGAAGCAAAUUGGAGGUGCUCCUCGUGAAGCACAACGCAUAUUUGGGGUGAGAGGUGGGAAAGGUGGUGAUCGUGAGAUCAAUGACGGCUUUAUCAGAAGAACCAUCGAUGGCUUCAGAUGGGGUAUACUUGAUGGUGUUGACCCCAAUAAGAAAAACUUUGUUGGAGCGAGUGUCCUACACACAGGUGAAGGUGGAAAGUUCGGUUGUCUGCUCCGACUUGAGCCUAAUUACUCAACGGGCGUAAGUUCAACAUUUUUCUACAGCCUUGGUAUGGACACAUAUGCUAACACAAUGUUUCCAGAUGGUCCGUCUUACGAUUCGCGCUACGGACGAAAGUGUUCCCCCAAUAAUGAUUCAGACGAUGCAAGAGCGUCUUGAAGUGGGCGAGUCUAUUCACGCGGAGGCUGCUGAACCUCCAAGCCGGAGGGAAAUAUCAGAUGCAUUUGGUAAUGUGCUAGUGUCGUAAGUUGGGGUGCACUUCGAGCAAGGCGAAUUUUCUGUUGAAUGGAUGGGUCUAGGGAGCGUCAUUAGUACGGUACAUAGUUGUUGUGCAUUUAAUGGAGUUCCUGUUGAUCACUUUCGUGUUCACUACACGCUUUGAGGCAAUCGUUUAUCGAGCACUUGCAAUCGGCCGUACUUCCUUUUGUGAGUUUCUGU